GACUGUAACGUGUAUGUGUGAUAUCUGAAUAUCUAAUCGGUUUAGACAGAAGCAUGCAUGAUACUUCAGCUGUUUUCACAUCUAGCUCAUUUGAGCACUCCAACAACCAAAAAAAAAGGUCAUUUCAAGUGUACUAUAUGUGAAAAUGCUCUUAAAGCAUUUAGAUUAGGGUGGCCAUAUUUUAGUUUUCCAAAAAGAGAACAGCGGCUGGGGCGGGGUGGGGGGCUCUUGCUGAUAUAUAAACAGGAGCAAUGGCUGUACAUAAACUGUGUAUGCAGUAUAGUAUGCAGUACACACAAGCUACUACACCAAAGCAUCUCCAUGAACACACAGCAGCGGUGUGUAUUUCCUCUCAUGUGAUCCGAUCCCAGCCAGAUUUCAUCUUGAUGGAGGAGGAGGAGGAUGCUCUGUAUCACCUUCACUCAGUGCUGACCGAUGACUUCAUGACGUGGCCCAUUUAAGGACCAAUCGGAAAUCGCGCCGCGCUCCCUUUAAGAGCAGCUGCAUUGCCUGGAGAAUAGAUGCGCGCGCGUCAUGUAUCAGUCUCUGUCCUGCUCACUUAUGGACCAUACAGCGAUGCGAUGCGCUGGACUCCUCCACACACCUCUGUCGAUGGAUCUGGAGUAACAGCUCUGGCAUCAGAUGCAGUGACGCAUUUAUCGGAGUGGUUUGCCAGGGCAUUGGCAUGGCCUAGUAAUGAAUGGUGACGGGGCUCCCAGCAGCCCGGAGCACUCCUCCUGCACGCUGCCCGACUGGAAGGAGUUCUGUGAGCUUCACGCUCGAGCUUCCGCCGCUGAUUUUGCCUACAAGUUCCGGCGAUUCAUCAGCGAGAACCCAUGCUACGACUCACCUGGUGCUGAUGCCAAUUUCUCGCAACACUUUGCUCAACACUUUCUGACCUGCUUCUCCACCGCCCUCGACCAAGUCCAAGGUCCCGGGUCUCUGGGAGACUCCUCCGCUCUGAAGUACAGCAUCGUGCCCUUUGUGGGCAUACAGAGCUGCACGCUGCCCCUCAGCCACGACCUCUACCAUCGGCGGAAAGACGUGGGGGCCUCAAGCGAAUCACUGGAUAGCAUGGACAGUGGAGGGGGCGGAGCCAGUGGACAGGAACAGCAGACCCCCACCCAUAAGAUGUCAACUGUGAGCCAAUCCAGGAGUUCGGAGGAUGUGUCAUUGGGACGACGUAAGGCUCGUUUCAAGAAGGGCUUUUCGCUCCGAAACAUGAGUCUGAGCGUGGUGGACGGGGUGAAGGAGAUCUGGCACCGCAGGGCCUCUCCAGAACCAGACCCCUUGGGGAGCUCCAGGAGGACCAAUGGACCCGAGGCCAUGGGGUCCGAACACUGGAGCCAGAAGCUGCGGCUCCCGCGGGGCUCUCAGGGCCAUAAAGCAGAGCUGUUGGAGAUCCAGAGGGAGGGUGCGCUCAGAUACAUGGUGGCUGAUGACAAUAACUGUGUGGGGGCGGCGCAGUGGCAGAAAUGCAGGCUGCUGUUGAGGAAGACCGCUGCACAAGUGGACGCAGGAGAGAAGUUCCAGCUGGAGUUCUACGUUCCACCAAAGUCAUCUAAACCCAAAGUGAGCAUCCCUCUGUCUGCGAUCGUGGAGGUGAGGACCACCAUGCCUCUAGAGAUGCCCGACAAAGACAACACCUUCGUGCUCAAGGUAGAGAAUGGAGCCGAAUACAUUCUGGAGACCAUCGACUCUCUGCAGAAGAACUCGUGGGUGGCAGACAUCCAGGACUGCAUUGACCCCGGGGACAGCGGGGAUGACAUCGAGCUGGCGUCGUGUGCUCACAGUCAGCCGCACAGAGACGUCUCUCUCUCGCUGGUGUCCUCCUGCAGCUGUGAGCUCCUGUGUGACGGGUCACAUCGGGGGUCUGAGCGGCUGUGCUCUGUGGCUGCUGAUCAGGAGCCGCCCGUCACCCAGCACCCCUCACACGUCCCGCUGGAGCACUUCCUGCGGUCGCCAGAGCCCCAGGACACCAGCACAUCAUCAGGAAGCCCAGGUGAGACUCCAGGGGAAGCGGACGGAGACCCCAGUUUGGCGGGUUACCCAUGGUUCCACGGGACGCUGUCUCGGGUGCGGGCGGCCCAGCUGGUCCUCGCCGGCGGGGCACAGAGUCACGGUCUGUUUGUGAUCCGUCAGAGCGAGACGCGUCCCGGAGAAUACGUCCUCACCUUCAACUUCCAGGGCAAAGCCAAGCACCUGCGGUUGUCUGUGAACGACAGCGGUCAGUGUCACGUUCAUCACCUGUGGUUCCAGACGGUCACAGACAUGUUACGACACUUUCACGAGCAUCCCAUCCCACUCGAGUCCAGCGGCUCCACCGACAUCACGCUGCGCUCCUACGUUCAGGUCCAGCGCUCGGCCUCAGGUGUGGCGUCUCCUCCCCCCGUCCCAGCUGCCCCGCGGGACGCCUCUGUCUGUUGGGCCGAGUCGACGCAGGUAAGUCAUCAGCUGUCGGACGCAGUGCUGUCGUCGAGCUCGUCCUCGUCUCCGAUGGCUCAGCCGGCCGCAGGAGCACUGAUGGGCCGCAGCAGCAGCGCAGAGAGACUCCUGGAGCCCGGGGCCGGAGCCGGAGCCGGAGCCGGGGCCGAGGACUACCACGACAGCGAGGGCACGCGCCGGACUCGAGCCGUGGAGAACCAGUACUCCUUCUACUGAUGUCCUGAGGAUCUGCUCCAGUCACACCUCUAACUAACUGCAGAUCUGUCCCUUGUGCUGUCUGCUUUCAUUUACCACAGGGGUUUCUGAAAGAGUCUCUUCUAUCCCUUUUUUUUUAAAUGUAUCAAAGUUUCCAUAAAAAUAUUGUGCAGCACAACUGUUCAACAU